AUGGUUAAUCAAGGCCAGCCGCAAUCAAAUCCGUAUGAUAAGCAUAUAAAUAUGUUUCCACCACUAAGAGGACGAGAUUCCUCGCAUAAACUGGGCAAUAUCAACACCGACAGGCACGAUUCGACCACCCAUAAUAUGGUGCCUGCGCCAUAUCCACUAGAUGAUUCUUUGGCUGAACUAACGCCAGCUAUUCCAUUCACGUCUCCUUCAUCUUCGUCCUCGCUCUCAUUGCCUUUAAGUGCGCUGAAUUUCACAGAUAGCAAUGUUGACGGUGGUCAAUUAGGCACUCCAGUAACCAUAAACAGUAAUAACGGCAUUGAUAUAUUUAAUGCCAAACCAGCAGGUGAUACUAGCAGCACUAAUAGUGCUAGCAAUAGAUAUGAGCUCCCAUUCAAUUUUAACUCGGCAAAAAAUAGCUUAAAUUCGUCCUCUGCACAUAAUAUAUCAAUGACCGAUGGAAGCCGAAUAUCAGAGCCUAUCAGUAAUAGUUUAGCUCCUCCACCUUACGAGGAAUCUGAGUCCAGGGUGCUGCAAGAAAAGUUAUACAGAACAGAGGAAAAACCUCCCAUACGACCUUUGGAGAAGAGACCCGUCCCGCAACAGAAAACCAGCCAAACGACGACUAAUACCAUCACUAAGACAAAGACUAAUGGAUCUUCUAGCAGUAAGGAUAAACUCUCCGCCUACUCGCCGGAUGCGUUAGCCUUCUAUCAAAUCUAUAAGAAGACUAUUAAUGACUCUUCGAAAUUUACUCCAGAGAUACAAAUGAAGUGGUGUGAAACAUUACUUACGUAUGCAUUUAAGGAAGAUUUUAUAUCGCAGUAUAACAUAAAUGCAGAAAAACUGAAAAGAAGUUUAAAACCUGAGGAAAUGCUGAAAAAUCAAAAAGUCAUAUUGGAACACUCAUUCAAAGUGCUCACAAAACUAAUCACCGUAAAAUGGCCUCGUGCCAUGUAUUUGAUGGGGACCUUAUACUCACAUCAGCCGUAUUUGCCCAUCAAAAAUAAAAACAUUGUCAUCAAGAAUGAUGAAAAGGCCCUCGAAUAUUAUUGCAAAGCCGCCAAAUUGAAUGAUUCAGAUGCUUGUUAUCGUGCGGGUAUAUGCUAUGAAUAUCAACGAGGUACUUCGUCUUGCGAUCCAUCGCUCACUAAGGAACAAUGCAUAAGGAAGGCUUUCCAGUAUUACCAGCAAGGAGCCGAAGUUUGCUCCAAUUCCGCGUGCAUGUAUAAAUUGGGGAUGAGCCACUUAUACGGACUCAACAUGCAGAAGAAUGAUGUCUUAUUAGCUGUUAAAUGGUUUGAUAAGGCAACCCAAAAUGGCGAUUCUCCGCAAACGUUGUAUGAGCUGGGCAAAAUCUAUGAAUUUAGUGUUAUGCCACCAGAGAUUCAAAAUUUAUUAUUUGCUAACGGCAUACGAAGAGACCCUCAACUGGCCGUAAAGUACUACUAUCAGUGUGCCAAAGACUGCGAGUACCCUCUAGCGCAAUGGAAGUUGGGCAAUUGCUAUGAAUUCGGUGACUUGGGGUUACCAGUUUUAGCCAAGAAAUCUAUAUGCUGGUAUUCCAAGGCUGCUGCUUCUCAACCAAGAGGGAACCCAAUGGCAAUGUUAUCGUUGAGUGGCUGGUAUCUAACAGGAGCGGCAAACGUCUUGAAACCAAACAAUAAAGAGGCCUUGGAUUGGGCUUUGAAGAGUAGCAAGUGUUCGGACGGCAAGUUGGCACGUACCGAGUUUGCCCUGGGCUUUUACUAUGAAAAGGGUAUCGGUUGUAACAUUGAUUUGGAUCUGGCUAGACAAUAUUAUCACAGAGCUGCAAGGUUGGGGUUUAAGAAGGCAGUUGGUGCGCUCCAAAAUUUGACGAACUUAUGA